GGGGUGCGGGGUGGGUUCGUGCGUAGGACCCUAUGGGAUCUGUGCGGGGCUGCUGGGUAUGUGAGUGUCUGCCUGCCCCAGGAGCUAAUGCCCGCCGGGAUGUCCCUGAGACAGAGUCUGUCUGCGUGAGCGCUGCUGGGGCGGGGGUGUUGCAGGGAUGCAUGCGGCUGCGAGCCGCGUACGCCUCGCAGGGCGCGGGCAGAGCGCUUUGUGCGGAGCGGGGACGCCGCUCCCGCCCGGGCCGUGCCCACGCCGUGCCCGAGGGGCGGGACCGGGGCGGGACCGGGGCGGGACCGGGGCGGGGCGGCCGCUGCCCCCCGGCCCACGCGGGGCCCCGCUCGCCACUCGCCCGGUGGCGGCGGCGGCGGCCGAGGCGGGCGCGGCGCGGAGCCGAGCGGAGCCCGCUGCCGCCGCCGCGGGAACCUGAUGACUAGGUGAUCCUUUCGAGUGGCUCGGGAGCAGAUGCAAAAUGAGCAGUGCAGGGCAGUGCAGAAGAUGCAGUGGGCUCUCAGUCUGACCCACGAGGACUUGAAGAUGUCUGCAUGCAGUGACUUUGUGGAACACAUUUGGAAGCCUGGCUCCUGCAAAAACUGCUUCAACCCGAGUUCCCAUUGGCUGCAAACAACCCCAGACGUGGGAGCUUGUGGUGUGCUCCUGGAAGGAGCUAGGACCAAGCCCGAGAGCCUAGUGUUGGAAGACGGUGUAAAUACUUCUCCCUUCUCAAAGCCAACAAUUGCUGUGAAGCCAACAAUGAUAAACUCGGAUGUUUCUGACGCAUGGGCGGAUGUGAAUAUGAAUGCAGAUCUGUCACAGGUCAGUUGGGGCGUGAUCUCUAGCAAGCAACUCCUCCUGAAAUCUGGAGAUGCACAGCGCAUCUGCCUUGACAAUUUUGGCAAUGGUGGUGUGAGAAAGCCUUACCUUCACAGCCAGCCCAGCGACUGCUUGUCUUGCUGUCCUCCCAGCAACUCCAUGGUGGGUCUGUGUGGCCUGGAGAGUCGAGUGGAGAGAAAUAUCUCUAUCCACAGCCUGGUACUUGUGGGUGAGAUGGGCAAGCAGGAGGACAGAGUUAAAGACAAGUUUGCCCUGCCUCAUCAGGUCCCCUGCCCUAAUCCGUCUGCCUUGGGGGACAGAAGCACCACUAACUCCAGCAGAAACACUUCUUCCCAAGCCAGCAAAGGAGCAGCCCUCCCUUCAGGGGAUGACUGUGGUCACAUCUCCUCCAUCUUGGAAAGCGAAGGGGAUGAGUACUGUUCAAUCACCAACUGCCACAAAGAGCACCCCGUCCCGUGGGAGCUGUGUUGCACAGAGGAAAAGGCUGCACAGUGUGAGAAGGAAAGUCACACUCCCAGCGGAUGGAGGCAGCGGGAUGCUCCCGAGAUUCCAAGGCCAAGUGGCCGGGCAGUCAAGUUCAGUGAAGAGGAACGCAGAGCUGUGAAUAUGGCCUUCUGCAUCACAAAAGACCAGAGUGAUCCUCUUCCCUAUACCCUGUGUUCAGACAGGAAAAACCUGGCUCUCCACACUGAGCCUGCCACUCUCCCUGAGAGCACAGGGAGCUGCAAGGCGGCUACCCUUGCUUUGUCCCAGGAGGAUGAGGAAUUACCUCUCCCUGAGGAGCCCUCUGUCACUGGGGGCCUCUGCACUGAGGGUUCAAGCACCCCUCAGCAGGCUCUGGUGGAGCCACAGCGCCCUCACCUCACCUCACCAGCUCACGGUGAUCCCAUUUAUGCCGAGAGCACCAAGAGGAGGAAGGCACAGCUGAAGGCUGUUGGCAGCCAGGCAAAAGGGGAGAAUCUGGCCCACGGCACUGCCAAGGAGAAAACUGAUGGGUUGUGGAGGGAUAGUGGCUGGGCUUUGGGAGGUGAGAAGGAACACCAGGACGCCACUGGCCAGGUGGCAGCAAAGAUAACUAUAAUGACAGCACACACUGAGGAUGAUCACAAGACAAUAUUCCUCAGCAGCCCUGACUCAGCGGUAGGAGUUCAGUGCCCAUGUAUCAGCCCCACUUCCCACCCUGAUUUUGGGGCUUCAUCACCUGCUAUUGAGUCUGGACAGAUUUUUCAAGCAUCUGGAUGUGAAAGUAACACAAGAUUUCAUCUGGCAGCUUCUGUCAAGACUUCACAUACUGAGAGUCCAGCCAUCCCCCCAAAGAUGUCUAAAAACAGCCAGCCAGGCAGUGAGGGGAGCCGUGUGCCCCCAGUCAGCUCCCAUGUGGGAAGGUUUGGCGAUGACAACAGCCAUGAUGGAGCUGGUGCUCAGCUGCAGCUGAGGAGCUGUACUGAUACAGUUGCCUUUGGGGUGACCCCUUUUCCCUGCACUCAUGUGAAUGGAGUCUCUGUGGAGGAGUCCAGUAGAGGCCUGGCAGGCUCGUCCUAUGACAGGAGACAGAAAUACUAUAACCCAACGUGGACCAAGCAGUGCCGAAUAGAGCAGGAGGAGGAGCAGGAGGACUUAAACCACCCAUGGACAGUAGGAGCUGAGAGGGGACGAGCUGGUGCCAACUUUGUGGAUGAUGGCCCGAUACUGGACAGCCAGACUGAAAUGACCAAAUCUUCUUCUUUCUCCUUUCAUUUCCCUAAAGACAAGAACAAUGGUGUGGAGUUUGCACCACCACCGCCACCGCCGAAAAAGCAGUCUAGGCACACUCUGAAAAUGAACCCAAGUAACACUGAGUUGAAGAGAGUCAGCAACAGCUCUGCAGAGAGCCUCAGCCCACCCUUCAGGAGUGCCCACAUCAGCUUCACGGCUGGCUCCAGCGACAGCCUCGACUCGGACACAAAGACCGGCAGCGAUGGCAGGCACUCAUCCGAGCUGAACCACUCGCCCCCUCCAGCUGAGAGCCAAGUGUUUCCCCCUGUUCCUGUCCUUCCUGUCUCCACUGAGGAUGGUCCCUCCUCUGCCCCCAGCUGCCCACCCCCUCUGCCCCAGAAGAAAACAAUGAUCAGGACUGUGUCUUCUCCAGAUGGCUUUUUUGGGGGACAGGCAUCUUCAGACAAAGCAGCUGGUGCUGCCAGCCCCAGGCUGAAUGUCAGCCAUUUUGAGAGCAAUAUGUGCCUCCGAGAAGAGCCUCCCUUCAUCCACCCAGCCAGCCUGGGGGGCCACCCUGGUGCCUUCUCCUCCUCUGAGUCCCUGGAGAAAAGCUCCAAAGGAGACAGCUACUGGGGUUCAAGCACUGGUAAGAGCACAGGGGCUUGCGGCCCCAGCAGAAAGCUCCAGUCCUUCUCCUCCUCACAGCUCAGUGUGUCCAGCCAAGUGUCCUCGGCCUCCAGCCUCCACAACCUCCUGAGCAACAGUGACAGCAAGGAGGGGGUGUACAGCAAGCUGGGGGCCCUGUACGCCGAGUCCCUGCACCGCCUGGUUGCCAAGUGCGAGGACUGCUUCAUGCGGGAGCAGAAGAACGAGCUGCACUUCAGCGAGAACAACUGGUCGCUCUUCAAGCUGACGUGCAACAAGCCCCGCUGCGACUCCGGGGAUGCAAUUUAUUACUGUGCCACUUGCUCCGAGGACCCUUCUACUACAUAUGCUGUGAAGAUUUGUAAAAUCCAGGAGUCCAAGGUAGCUGCUUCGUACUGCAGCCCUGCAGUGCCAGUUCACUUCAACAUCCAGCAGGACUGUGGCCAUUUUGUGGCCUCCGUCCCCUCCAGCAUGCUGCUGCCCUCAGAUGUGGGAAAAAGCAUGGCCAGAGAUGGCUUCCAUGCCUCCCGCACUGCCAGUGAGCACGACUGUGUGGUGGUCAUCACCCGGGAGGUGCCGAGCCAGACCACUGCUGACUUUAUGAGGGACUCGGUGAUGCUCCACCAAGCCAAGCUAGAGCUGUACGAACGUCGUGUUUGCUUCCUGCUCCUCCAGCUCUGCAAUGGCUUGGAGCAUCUCAAAGAGCAUGGCAUCAUCCAUCGUGACCUGUGCCUGGAGAACCUCCUGCUUGUGCCCUGCAAGCCCCCCAUGAGCUGUGUGAAAGCCAAAGAUGACAAACACUUACCCCGCCUCAUCAUCAGCAAUUUUUUGAAAGCUAAACAGAAGACUGGAACUGGAGACUCCAAGCUGAAGAAGAGUCAGGCCCGGCUGGCCCCGGAGAUUGUGUCGGCUUCUCAGUACAAAAAGUUUGAUGAGUUUCAGACUGGUAUUCUCAUCUAUGAACUGCUGCACCACCCCAACCCCUUCGAGGAGAAGGUGCACCUCAGGGAGCAGGAGUACAGCCCUGAGGACCUCCCUGCUCUACCCAGCCUGUCCAUCUACUCCUGGGGACUCCAGCAGCUGGCCCACCUACUACUGGAAGCAGAUCCCAUCAAGCGUGUGCGGAUCACUGAGGCCAAGCAGAUGCUGCAGUGUCUGCUUUGGGGGCCCCGAAAAGACCUCAUGGAGCAGCUUCUCAGCCAUGAGGAAACCCUGCGCCAGGUGCUGCAGAACUGGGUGGACAUGAAGCGUGCCCUGCUCAUGAUGAAGUUUGCAGAGAGGGCCGUGGACACGGAGUGGAGCGUUGAACUGGAGGACUGGCUGUGCUGCCAGUACUUAGCAUCUGCUGAGCCAGCCUCCCUCUUGCACACAUUAAAACUGCUGAAGCUACUCUGACCUUGGAUGCGUCUUGGAGGCAGCUGAGGGCUCCUGACUGCCUUGCAGCUAAAGGUACACAUCCCUUUCAUAUGUGAGAGGUUUGAAUCUCAGCUGCAAAUGCACGUUCAGCUCCUGCCCCGCGCUCCAGUCAGAGUGCAAAAGGCAUGUUCAGUAUCCUCAGCACUGUUAGUUUGUGAGCAAGCAAAACUGGGAACCUACCCCUAUUUUGGGGGAUUUUUGUUUUUUGGUAUGGUAAAUGUGGACUAAUAAACUCCUGCCUGCGUG